AUGCUUCUUCGUUGCGGGCGCAUCUGCACAUACCCAAAUGAGACGCUAAAGCACGCCUUCAUCAACGCCUCUGAUUUCAAAAUAUCAUUACUUUCGUUUGAUAAAUCACUGGUUGAACAUAUUUGUCAUCCAUUCAACAAUUUGGUGGAUUCUGUUGCAUAUUCCAACAAUUUAUUGAUUGUUGGAGCGUCUAAGUCAUCAAAGGGCCAAUUAAGUAUUUAUAAAAUUAAUUUGGAUGGGUCUAGUUUCGAUACAAUAAACACUUUUGGUGAAACGUUGGGUAGACCUGUUAGAAUUUUGCCUUCCAAAGACAACAUAAUAGUACUACACUCACUUGGAAUAUCUAUUUAUAACUGUAUCAGUAAUAAUAGCUAUAAAAAAGUUAACCAUAUAAGCAGCACAUUUAAUCAAAUCGCAAUCAGUUCGCACAGGCCAAACACGAUAGCCACGGCAAAUCAGUUGGUCGAGCUUCUGGAUUUGAGAAAUAGUAGCUUGUUUACUGGAAUUAAAACUGGAUAUUGUCAUCGAGGCAAUAUCACAUAUGUAGAUUUUAACCCAAAUGCGGAGAAUGCAAUAGUAACAAGCGGUAUUGAUGGACAUUUGGCCUUUUGGGACAUACGAAAAUUUGAGCGGCCACUUAAGAUUGGAAAAAUAAGUGAUAAUUGGAUAACCUCCGCAAUACAUAAUCCGUUCCAUGACCAAUUACUUAUUGCUACUGAUACAAGUGGCUGUGUAAAGUUGAUAACCUGUGAAUUUGAAAAAAUUAGUACCACCAGAGUCAAAUCGCCAGUAUACAAUGCUUGCUGGAGCUGCACAGAUACCUGGACCUAUGCCUUCCAAGAUGAAUCGUACCAAUCGAAUGGGUUUCAAAAAGUAACUGUGCCAAGGGAAACCAAAUAUAAUAUUUUACUGGGUGAUUCGAUAAAAACAUUGUAA